UUUCUCAAUCACGACAUCUGUUGUUAUCACUCGUCAUACUUCUAAUUCUUCAAGCCUCGGGAUUCAAGCUUACCCAGCCAUAACAUUGUUUACUGCCCAGCCAUUGUUGGCCAAUUUAUGCUUCGACUUUUGGCCCGAAUACCGAACAACAUCUUUCAGUUAUUUGAAACUGCGGCUUUUCGGUAGUAGGUGGUAUGGCUCUAGGACUGAAAAAAUCGCGGUCAGAAAAGGACACUCAACAUCCUUUAUUCAUUCAGCCUUGGCUGACCUUCCCAAUCUCUGUCUGAGUUAGUCGACUUGGAACGAAUGAAGACGUUUUGCCUGCUAGGGCCCAGUAACAGACCCAGGCCUCAACGAAGUAACUAAGUUCUCCUUUCCUUUUCAAGCCUUCGGUAUGCGAUUUACUGCUUCGCCAUCAUCGCGACUUUCCCAGUGAUCUGAAUUGGCGUCGAGCCGUUAUCUCCUUGUACCUGAAUCACAUCAUCAUUCAUGUAACUCCAGGCUCUACGACGGUCAACGAUUCAAGUUGUGUUCAAUCGGCAAGAUGUUUUUUGUUUCCUAUCCUUCGGGUCGGGUUUCGUCACCCAAUCCCAGUCAGGGAUCUCACAGUCGACUCGAAAAGGGCUCGAAAAUUGGUAGGACAUGAUCGUUCCUCAAGCUGCAAGAUCAAGAAAUAUUAGCUCACACCAAUGUCGCCAUAUCACCUAUCUUGAAUCUUAUCUUUAUCUGACCACAGCUUGCACCUGAUCGACCAAUCUCAAAUGUAUCAUUCAUCACAGAACAUUUGUUAUAUAGACCACGGCGUCCCUUAUUCUUCUCCUUCAGCUUCCUUUGGUUCAAUCCAAAAUUCAUCUUCUGCUCUGUCAAGGAGACCCACUUCAAUACUAUGGGCCAACGUGAUCGUUCCUCAUUACUGGAUGAAAAACUCUCCACAGCUUACGUGGUAGGACCCGACAGCAACUCAGGACCUGCAGAAGUACCCACCCCUGCCUCCGAGACUUAUGUCCCUUCUAAACGGACUUGGAAGUCGUAUCUUUGGUCAACGCUUGAUGUGCCAAGGAGAGAAGCCAUAUUCCUCACCAAGCUCGAUCUGACACUCAUCUCGUCGGCGGCUUUGGGCGUGAUGAUUCGAUACCUUGACCAAGUUAACAUUUCCAACGCCUUCAAUAGUGGUAUGAAAGAAGACCUCAACUUGUACGGCAACGAACUCAAUUACGCCAACGCCUUCUGGGCCGCCGCCUACGUUAUCGGUCAAAUUCCCAGUAAUCUGAUACUCACCCGAGUGAACGCGCCGAGAUACAUCGCUUUUCUCGAGUUGGCUUGGACGGCGUUCACGUUUGGAACAGCCGGGGUGAAGAAUACGAGGACGCUCUAUGCGCUUAGGUUUUUCGUUGGCCUAUUCGAAGCCGGCCACUUCCCAGCGGUCAUGUACGUCUGCUCAAGCUAUUACAAACCGCACGAACUCGCGAGACGAAACACACUUAUCCAGGUGUUCACCUCGGUGGGACCCUUGUUUUCUGGGUUUUUGAUGGCGGCCGUGUUUUCGGGUUUGGAUGGGAAGCAAGGGUGGGCAGGGUGGAGGUGGAUGUUUAUUGUUUGCGGCUGUAUCUCCCUCCCUUGUGCACUUUGGACAUUCUUCGCUAUGCCCCAACUCCCAGGUCGGGCUAAACCAAAUUGGUUAUUCUCACAGGAGGAGAUUGACAUCGCUCGAGCGAGAAUGCCGACAGAAGCUAAGCUGUACACGGGUCUGUUCAAGUGGAAAGAUAUCAAGAGAUGGCAUAAGACAUGGCACGUUUACCUCUUCCCAUUCUAUUUCUUGGCGGCUGCGCAGAUUGGACAAGCUGGUAGUUCGAUGAUCUUCUGGGUGAAAAGUUAUAAUGUCAGCGGUCAACCCGCAGUAUUCAGUGUUGCAGAAAUCAAUAUCAUUCCACUUGGGAUCUACCUUAUCACGAUCGUGGGCGCUCUCGCCGCUUCAUGGAUCUCCGAUGCCCUCCCCGGUUCCUCCCGCUGGCCACUCAUGGUUUUUGCAGCCUUGGUGGGAGUCAUCAUUCCCGCUGCAUUGGGAGCUACCCCCGUCCAUCCUGCUAACCGUGGUACUCGCUGGGCCUUAUUCUAUUUGACGGCUUUGUCGAAUACGGCCGCGGGUGUGUGCUGGACGUAUGUAAAUGAAACGAGCCGUCAAGAUCCUGAAAAACGAGCAUAUGUCGGCGCUAUGAUGAACGCAUUCGCGUACAUCUUCACCGCAUUCAUUCCCAUCUUCACUUUCCCAACCUCGAAACAACCAUAUGUCUCCACCGGUAUGUUUGCAACCUCAGGGUUUGCAGCAGCGGCACUAUUAUCAGCUUUGGCAAUUGGGUACAUGGAUCAUAGGGAUAAGAAAAAAGCAAGCAGGAAGUGGGAGGAACAGCAGGUGGUGGAGAGGGUCGAUAGUGAGAGUGGGGAUGGGAAGCGUUCGUCAGGGGAUGUGACGCUCGAUGAAAAGGCGUAGAAGUGGGAGUAUUUGCAAAAGUUAUUGAUUAGUUCUGGGUAAAUCGUAUAACUAUAGCAAGAUUUAUAUUGCGCUUGAUGGAAUGAAAUGUACC